GAUCAGUUAUUUCAAAGAAGCUGAGUAGGACACCGCACAAUAAGAUGGCUGCUGCAGCAGAUUCUAGAUAUGGACCGAAGGAUGCAUCUGAUCAGAACUUCGAUUACAUGUUCAAGCUUCUUAUUAUUGGAAACAGCAGCGUGGGAAAAACAUCUUUCCUGUUCAGAUAUGCAGAUGACACAUUCACAUCAGCCUUUGUCAGCACUGUUGGUAUUGACUUCAAAGUGAAGACUGUUUACAGAAAUGAUAAAAGAGUCAAAUUGCAGAUUUGGGAUACAGCUGGUCAGGAGCGAUACAGAACCAUCACUACUGCUUAUUACAGAGGAGCCAUGGGCUUCAUCCUCAUGUAUGACAUUGCCAAUCAAGAGUCCUUUAAUGCAGUGCAAGACUGGGCCACCCAAAUCAAAACCUACUCAUGGGACAAUGCGCAAGUCAUCCUUGUUGGAAAUAAAUGUGAUAUGGAGGACGAACGCGUAAUUCCUGUUGAGAAAGGAAAACAUCUGGCUGAUCAGCUGGGAUUUGAAUUUUUUGAGGUCAGUGCCAAAGAAAACAUCAAUGUCAAGCAGGUCUUUGAACGUCUAGUAGACAUCAUAUGUGAGAAAAUGUCGGAAAGCCUGGAUUCUGAUCCUUCAAUGGCCAGCGGCAGCAAGCACACAAGGUUGACAGACAACGCACCAUCAAUGCAGCAGAACUGUGCCUGCUAGUGAUCUCUCACUUUGGUGACCUCUAACCUUUCUGUGCUUUUUUUCAGUUUCUCUUUAUAGUUGCAUGUGGUAUGGA